UUGACUUGUCAACAUGGCAGACUUGAGUAAAAACUUAAAAGAUUAUUUAUCACGAUCGUCUAAUACACAGCCUUUAAUCGAUGGAUCGUCAAAUAAAUCUAAGUAUAAAAUACCUGGAAUGGGUUUCCUACGAAGGCCAACGGAAGACGAGGAUAUGGUGUCCAAUGAUUCCGCAAAUGGUUGGUUCCAACAAGCUCAAAAGGACCCUCUCCUUCCAAGUUUGAGCAAAAAGCAAAGAAUUAUUGGAUUUAUUAUUUGUCUGUUAAUGGGUACCUUUUGUUUCUCAUUGGCUUCACUUUACCUUCCUAUGUUAGUUUUCAAAUCCAGGAAAUUUGCAGCAUUGUAUACUAUGGGAAGUUUGUUUGUUAUAUCAUGUUUUUCAUUUUUAUGGGGUCCUGUUCAUCAUGUGAAACACCUACUUUCUGGACCAAGGAUACCAUUUACAUUAGCAUAUUUUGGAUCAAUGUUUGCAACUUUAUAUUUUGCAUUAUGGGUUCACAGAACUGUAUUAACAAUAGUGUUUGCUUCUGCUCAAAUAACAGCUUUAAUAUGGUAUAUUGUCAGUUAUAUCCCCGGAGGACAGACAGGAUUAAAGUUUUUCUCCAAAGUUUUUUACGCUGCAGCAUCUAAAACAGCAGGAGCUACAUUACCAAUUUGAUGACUGUAUGCAAUUGAACAUUUUCACAUAAUAACAAAGAUUUUUUUUUACCACAGAGAGGCAAUAUGUACAUUGGACUUUUUAAGACAUUAUUUUGUGAUAAGUUGCCAAAACAUGCGGUGUGAGAAGUUUUCUUUACAAAAACUUUUCCUAAAAUCAAAUGGUGAUUCAAUGAUAUUUAAAGAUACUUUAUGUAAGAUUUAGAUAAAGAGCUGGCCAUUCUUGUUAUAAUAGUUUAAAAAUAAAUAAUGCAAAAUGAAUAUAUUGAAAAUGCAAUUCAAAUUACUUUAUUCUGUUUGACAAGAUGUGGGCACUGAUUUAACCACCGUACUGGUUGUUCAAGGCUUAGCCUCACUUCACCAUCUUUAAAUUAAAUCAUUAAAUGGCCGAACCAUUCUAAUCUGCUUUAUUAUGUGCUUGCCAUGUUAAUAAAUGUAUAAUUCAUAGUUUAUAUAACAUUUAAGGCCUAAAGAAAGACCUGCAAUAGGCAGAUUUAGAUCUGUUUAAGUAAAUCUGAGCCAGCAAACAUUUUUUUUUUUUACUUAACUAAAGACAUUUCUUGGGUUUUAAGUAACCCCAUGCCCAUCAUAACUUCAUCUUCAAUGCAUAUUUUGGAUUAUGUGUAAUAUUUUACUAUAUCGAAUAUUCCACAUUUUUCACUUUGCAGCCUAGAAUUGUACUGCAAUACAUAUUUCAGUGUAAUUUGAAAUCCAUUUUUAUUAGAUCAGGUAUCAAUGGGAACCUUUCUGCAUAUAUUUAUGGACUUUAUAAAUAACAUUUUUGGAUUAGAAACAAAUUUCAAUACAGCCAAAAUAAAAUCUUAAUGAAGUUAGUAAAACGAAAUUUGUUGACACAAUUGAAUUUGAUAAAGAGUGAAAAUAUUAUACCUGAAACUUUGUUUUGCAGAAAUGUUUAUCAAUGUUUUAUUUACAGCCCUAGUGAUUAAAAUUUGAGCACGACUUGAGUUGAGCAAAAAUACAUUUAUGGCCCCGGACUUGAUAAUUUCAGUUAACAAUGGUGCUUAACAUGGACAGAAGACCAAUUAUGUACAUUAUUUAAAUUAUAGGCAAAUACCAAGUAUUCUUUAUAUUGUAAUAUAACAAGAUCUUAAAAAAUAUGUAGAUUAUAUAAUAUCUUGACAUUGAUGUAAGCAGGUGGCAUUCUAAUUCCAUCACAUAGACUUAUAUUGUGUUUACAUAGUUAAUCCUUAACAAAGUUAAAUGGACAGGACCGCCUUCAUUUGAAUCCCAAAAAAUAAGUUGUAAUUUAAUUACUUUUUAUAUGCUGGGUUUGAAUAUUUCACAUCUAUCUUCAAAACAUUUUCUAGAAAAAUAGGUGGUUGGAUUUUUGUACAGCUUUUUGGGAUUCAUUUUAUAAUGCAUACAGGAAGGUUCUUGUUAUCUUUAGUUUUUAUCAAGCAGUUAAUACUGCUAAAGUUCCAUUAAAGUGUAUGAAUGGUUGACUUGAGGGUAACGGUAUCAUGGGACUUAUUAUUUUAGACAAUUGUAUAUAUAACAUGUAUUUAUUGUUAAUUUGUUAAUGAUUGAUGAAUGAGCUCUACAGAUAUAUAUAUAGUAUGAAUGAAGAGUACAAAUGAUGAAUAAUGAGCACAUGUAAGAUAAAAUUAUUAUAUUUGUUUU